AUGGAGCAAAAGUGGCAGAGCUUCCCGUGCGACACCCACAUGAAUGUCGUCUGUUUUGUGGACAAACUGACGGUCGUGCACGAGAGGAAGACCUGGGAGGAGGCACUCGAGCACUGCAGGAGUCUGAAGAAACAAUGCACGGUGAAUAAUGGCCAGCAGAAAUGUACGCUGCAACAUGACCUUGUGACGUUGAGCGGUCAGUCUGAUUACAGCCAUGUGAGAAAGAGGAUCAAUAAUGUGACUGAUGAGGUGUGGAUAGGCCUGCGGUUCCUGGGGGGUCAGUGGUGGUGGAUGAAAGGAGAGCCGGUGACAGUCAUUGAAGGAUUACCACAUUGUCCCGAUCACCUCAGCAGCUGUGGGACCUUCUCCAAAACUACCGGCCGCAUCUCGUUCACAGAUUGUUCAAAGAAACUCCAGUUUAUCUGCCAGAAGGCUAAAUGA